GGGCGGAAGUUGAACUCUCGAUGGUCGCCCCGGUGUUUUUCAGCCUGUGUUUUGGUCUUUGAACGUCCGAAGGGUUUCUUCUUGUUCGUCGAGCGCCCGUUACCGGGGUCAGAUGUCGGCUCAGGGCGACUGUGAGUUCCUGGUGAAGCGCGCGCGGGAGCUCGUGCCUCAGGACCCGUAUGCAGCCAAAGCCUGGCUGAUCACCGCGCGCACGCUCUACCCCGCAGACUUCAACAUACAGUAUGAGAUGUACAGUAUCGAGCGUAACGCUGAGAGAACAGCCUCCGCCGGCAGACUCCUGUAUGAUAUAUUCGUGAACUUCCCCGAGCAGCCGGUGGUCUGGCGUGAGAUCGCAGUCAUCACUGCUGCGUUACGAAACGACAGCCAGGACAAACACGCUCAGUUUCUCAAAGGUGUUUUUGAGACUCUUCCAGGUCCGGUUCAGUGUAAGAUGCUCCUGAAGGCCACAGAACAGUGUUUUAACACGCUGGAGAAAGCCGAGAUGCUGCUGCUUCUUCUCAAGAGAUUCCCUGAGUCAGUCGUUCAGCAUGGAGUGAAUUUAGGAGAGUCUUUAUUGGAGGCGGAGACGGCGGAGAACCUGGACACACCUGUGAACUGCUUCAGGAAGCUGUUUGUGUGUGACGUUCUUCCUCUGAUCCUGAAUAAUCCCGAGAUGUGUCUUCCUGUCAGUCUGCUCUAUAAAUACAUGCACAAAGCAGCAGAGUUUUAUAUAUGUUACGUCACACGCGAGCCGGCCGCAGACGGACAGAUACAGGGUAAAAGUUCUCAGGAAGUGGGCGGGCUCAAGUCUCCCGGCCGGGGGCGGAGUCAACGGUAUGUGAUUGAUGGACUGUCUGAGAAGUCGUCGGUGGUGACGGAGCCCUGGGAUAGGCUGCUGGAGAUGGUGGGCGUGGUCGGCUCGCUCUGUGAUUGGCAGGGAGAGAAAGCAAGCCGGUCGUACUCGGAGCUCCUGCAGCGUGUUUCAGAGUUGUGUCGGUACGUGUCUGCCACAGACAGUGAAGGUUUGUCCCGCUGCUGUGCUCAGAUCGUCACCUGCUGCACACUGGUUCUGUUUCACAGCUCGUUCCACUACGUCUCUGCCGUGCAGCCGUCACUCUUCCAGGGUCACGCGUCCCUGAGCUCGUGUCCGUGGGUUCUGCUGGAGGAUCUGUCCAGUGUCUACACUGAUGUAGAAGUGGAGAGAAAACACACACACAAGAAACGCAAGCUGGCCGACGGACGGGAGAAAACCAUGAGCUCUGAUGACGAGGACAUGUUGGCCAAAGGCAGAGGGCGACACAUUGUUGUGAACAAAGCAGAGAUGCCGGGUUGGGCCGAGACUUUAGAGCACUUCCGUACGGCCAGAGAGAGCUGGGACCUGCUGCACUCACACCAGAGUCUGGAGACGGAAUUCGUCAAGAUCUGCUCAGCAUGGAAAACUGAGAUGUGGAUGUGGUUUCGCAUUUUCCUUACAGAUAUGAUCAUUUAUCAGGGUCAGUACCGGAAGGCUCUGUCCAGUCUGUCUCUGAUGUCAUCGCUCCAGCAGAACCAGAACCAGAACCAGAGCUCGUCGAGUCUGGAGACGCAGCGGGCCGUCAUCCAGCAGGCCUCCUGUCACUACGCUCUGGGAGAGUACAGGAUGGCGUGUGAGAAGCUUCUGGAGGUGGUUUCUGGUCUGAUCCCUCAGAAUCACGAAGCGGUGAAGAGCAGCGAGGAGCAGCGUAAACCCCGCAGCAAAACCAGGAAAGGCAACGACCUGAGGCUGGUCCCCUGCACCAGUAAAUCCAUCCUUCCUUUCUGUCUUCAGCUCAUGCUGGCCUGUUUUAAGCUGAGGGCCUUCACAGAUAACAGAGACGACCUGGCCCUGGGUCAUGUGAUCGUUCUCCUGCAGUAUGAUUGGCCGCAGGGCGAGCAUCUCUUCCUGAAGGCGGUGGAUAAGAUCUGCCAGCAGGGCAGCUUCCAGUACGAGAACUUCUUCAACUACGUCACCAACAUUGACAUGUUAGAAGAGUUUGCUUACCUGCGCACCACAGAAGGAGGGCGGGUCCAGCUGGAGCUGCUGCCCAAUCAGGGGAUGCUCAUCAAGGGACAGGCUGCGGUUCAGAACAGGGCUGACAGGAACAAGGCGGUUUGCUUAGCGUGUUUUCUUUACCCUGCUUUAGUGCCGAUGUCCUCCAGCUGCUUUGUGAAGCCUUUUUGAUCGGGUUUGUGGUUUUUAUGGGGUUGAAACUCGUGAGUUUGCGGUUGAGCAUCACGACGAACCAAUAAACGACUUCUAAGUGCAAGCUCUUUAGUGACAUUAAGAGCCUUUAUCAUCCACAGAACCACUAAAGAUUACUGGGAAAAAAUGGUUCUUUUUGGGAACCAAAAUGUUUCGAGGCCAUUUCAACUCAUCCUGGAUUUUUUAUUUAUUUUUUUUAAGUACCUAACUUAAUUUGUUCUUCUUAAAAUAUAAAGGAAAAAAUAUAUACUCAUCCCACUUGACUUUUCGAUCCCCGAAUCUAAAAAUAAAGAUGAUAAAAGAAAAGUUUAAGAACCAAAAUCUAAAAGUGUUAAACAUUGGAGGACAAAAAGUGCUUUUUCCGUUCUUUUUUAACAGCCAUCAUUGGCACAUAAUGCAACACAGAUGACUAAAGUCAAUAGAUUUUACUAACGGAUGCAAAUAAAAAUAAAAUUCUGAUGCCAUUUUCUAAACUGUAAUUUGUCCUCUUUAAAAUAGUGGAGUAAUUUAAGACGGGCCGGUUUCUGAAAGGUGGUUGAUUUGACCCGGGAUCAUCCUUUUUCUGUGGCAUCAUGUAAAUAUGGAAUCGUUGCAUGUAUCACGUCAGAGCUGAAAUAAAGCAAGAAGUCUUAGUUGAAAUGAGCAUGUUUUGUCGUGAUGGUGUUUCAGAUGUGAUUUGAAGCUGUGUAAUGGUAGUGUUUGGACGAGCCGCUAGCUCUUGACCGAGCGUUUCUUCCGCUGUGACAGUACAUCAGCUCUUCUCAUGCUGGCGGUGCGUUUAUGAGUGUUUGCUGU